CAAAACCCUCGUAUCUCUCUCUCUUCAUCAGUUUCAAUCCCUUUGGCCCUCUCUCUCUCUCUCUCUCUCUCUCUCUCUCUGGGUUUUUGCUUCCUCGCCAAGUUCUCUGUCUCUGAUUACAUUUUUGACGCGAUCUCGCCGGAAAAUCCAGCGCCGCCUCUUAUCUCCACCGCCGGAAGCUUUUGAUCGUAUUGUACAUAAUUCAUAUAUACGUAUAAAUUUUAUUUAAUGGAGGAUUAUGCGAGCACCGACGAUGAUUACUAUUGUGGCGAUUACGACGAUGAAGGUGGCUCUUUGGUUGGAUUCGAAGACCCUGAGACUGAGUUUCCUUGUCCGGACGAGAAAGGUCCGUCCUCCAAGGUAAUCACAAAAGAUUCUCUUUUGGCUGCACAGAGGGAUGAUUUGCAAAAUGUAAUGGACUUAUUGUCUCUGAAGGAACAGCAUGCGCGGACCUUACUUAUUCAUUAUCGUUGGGACGUUGACAAGGUUUUUGCGGUGUUUGUAGAGAAGGGGAAAGAUCAAUUGUGUACAGAAGCGGGUGUAAUAGUGGGGAGUGAGGAUAAUAGCUUACUGCAUUCUUCAUCUGAAUUAAUGUGUGACGUUUGCAUGGACGAACUACCUGUCAAUGAGACGACAACAAUGGAUUGUGGCCAUUUUUUUUGCAAUGAUUGUUGGACGGAGCACUUUAUUGUCAAGAUAAAUGAAGGUCAGAGUAAACGGAUUACGUGCAUGGCUCACAAGUGCAAUGCAAUCUGUGAUGAAGGAAAGAUUAGAAAUCUAGUCUGUGCAAGGCAUCCUGACCUGGCAGAGAAAUUUGAUCGUUUUCUCCUAGAAUCUUACAUCGAUGAUAAUAGUAGGGUAAAAUGGUGCCCUAGUGUUCCCCAUUGUGGAAAUGCAAUCCGUGUUGAGCACGACAAAUAUUGUGAGGUUGAAUGUGCCUGCGGGAUGCAAUUCUGUUUUAGUUGUUCAUCAGAAGCGCACUCACCUUGUUCAUGUCUGAUGUGGGAGCUUUGGAUUUGCAAGUGCCAGAAUGAAUCUGAGACAGUUAAUUGGAUUACAGUCCACACAAAACCCUGCCCUUAUUGUCACAAACUGGUGGAGAAGAAUGGAGGAUGCAACCUAGUAACUUGUAUCUGUGGGCAAUAUUUUUGUUGGCUGUGUGCUCGACCUACAGGUGCAUCACACACGUGGGACAGCAUUGCUGGUCACAGUUGUGGGCGAUAUACAGAAGACCAAGAGGAAAACGUAGACCGCCCGAAAAAGUAUUUGUGGCGGUAUCUUCACUAUCACAAUCGGUACAAAGCUCAUACAGAUUCUUUGAAAGCUGAAGUUCAGCUGAAGGAAAAAAUACAGUUGAAAAUAUCAAAAUUGGAAGAAAGGGAACCCAACGAUUUCAGCUGGGUAACAAAUGGGCUUUACAGACUCUUCAGAUCAAGGCGGGUUCUCUCAUAUUCCUACCCAUUUGCGUAUUACAUGUUUGGCGAUGAUCUCUUCAAAAAUGAAUUGACAGAGAAGGAAAGGGAAAUAAAACAGAACUUGUUCGAGGACCAACAGCAACAGCUUGAGGCAAAUGUGGAGAAACUCUCUAUGUUUUUGGAAGAUCCAUUUGAUGAGUAUGAUGAAGACCAAGUUAUGGAAACAAGAAUGAAGAUCAUUGCUCUAUCUAAAGUCAUCGAUAACCUCUGCAGAAAACUGUACGAAUGCAUUGAAAUUGAUUUAUUGGGUCCUCUCCAGCAGACAAUCCACAUUAUAGCCCCUUAUAUCUCAAUGGGUGUGGAGAAAGCAUCAGAACUUCCUUAAAAGGACUGCUGACAAUGUUCAUCUGCAAGUGAAUUUGAAGAUAAGCAAGAGCGAUGCAUCUUUCAAAGCGACUGUCACGUGCGUACAUGGGAAGAGGGUUAACAUAACUUGCUAACCUUUGAAUUCAAGCAUUCAUACAAGGGCGGAUGCAUUUCCAGCUAACACGCUAGGAUAGGAAGUAUUGCUGACAGGCUUAUUGUUCUCAACUUGCCAGUGUAUUUUGAUUGUUAAUAGGUUAUUUAUUAGGGUCUUAACCUCAUUUCGCGUAAAUGUACAUAAUAAACUUAAUGGCAGAUCUUUUGUUUUUUAUCCAGUCAGUCGAGUAAUUGUUGCGAAGGAUUCACUGGCUGUUUAGCACAAACCUACUUUGCUUUUAAUUUUUCUUUCUGAAUAAGUUAACUCUAUGAUUUUACCGUUAUAUUUUAAUUUUUUUGAGA